AUGUCCAAACGCUCACGAAGCACAUCCCCAUCCCCAUCAUCACCCUCACCUUCACCAUCACCACAUUCCUCCUCACCCACCCGUCCCAAAAUCCCCUCCUUAGAUCCCACAGCCACAUCCCCCAACCAGGAAGUCAUGCACUGCUCUCUACCGCCCCAUCGGGAAACUAUCUCGUUUACGUCCUAUGAAGACUACGAGGUGCAUUACCGCCAGGCACACGUGAAUCGGUGUUCGCAGUGUGGGAAGAAUUUCCCGACGGAGAGGUUUCUGAAUCUUCAUAUUGAAGAGAAUCAUGAUGCGUUGGUAGCGACGAGGAGGGAGAGGGGGGAGAAGACUUAUGCAUGCUUCGUCGAAGAUUGCGAACGCGUAUGCUCUACGCCUCAAAAACGCAGAAUGCAUUUGAUUGACAAGCAUAUGUUUCAUAAGACUUACAACUUCUACAUUGUCAACGACGGCAUCGACAAGCAGACCUCUCUACUGAGGACACCGCAUGACCAUCGUCGGCGGUUAUCUUCAGCUGCUACGGGUCCUACUUCACCGAAGGAAGGGCGGUUACGGUUUCGUCAGACUUCCAUAUCCCAGGCUGAUUCUGGUGCUGCUGCUCCUGCUGCUCCUGCCCCGGCUGGUGAUGAGGGGAUGGCGGAGCUGGAGAGGUCUAUGUCUGCGUUGCGGUUUGUUCCGGCUAGUGUGGUGAGGAGUCGGGGGAAGCAGAAGUCUUGA